GUCACGUCCCCCAACCCACCCUCAAUCCCACCUUGACUCCGACGACCUCACCGGGGCCGCACUCCAACGACGACGCAACACCACCACGAUGUCGCAGACCAACGCGCCCAACCAAACGCUGUACGUGCGCAACCUCAACGACAAGAUCAACAAGCAAGACCUUCGGCUAUCGCUGUACACGCUGUUCACAACGUACGGGGUAGUAAUCGACGUGGUCGCCUCAAAGACCGCACAGAACCGCGGACAGGCGUUCAUCGCGUUCCGAGAUGUCCCCUCCGCUACUCAGGCGAUGCGCGCCCUGGAGGGGUUUAAUGUCUUCGGGAGGGAGAUGAAAAUUGCCUACGCGAAAACGAAAUCCCACAAGAUUGCGAAGUACGACGGCACCUUCCGGAUGCCGGGGACGGCUGCGGCGGCGGCUGCGGCGGCGGGCAUAGACGGCGCGGACGGGAAGCCGUUCGUGCCACUGCCUGGAUCUGCUCCUACGGCUGGUGCUGGUGCUGGUGGUGCGACCGUGGCGGCUGGGGGUGCGGCAGCGAGCCCCGCCGCGGACGCGGUCACCGGACAGAAGAGGCUGAGGGAGGAGGAUAGUGAUGAUGGAGAAGAAGCCGAGAUGGAGAUGGAGGAUGAUGACGAUGACUGAUUGCAUAUCUAUCUAUCCCAAUCUACCCUCAAAUCUACCGAAGGCCGAUGGGAAUUGGGUGGGUGGGCCGGGAGAGGGUGGAUGGCAGACAGACAGACAGACAGACAGUACAGUGUGGAACUUACGACGACGGCUACUACAUAUCAUACAUAACUCUCGGGUAAUUUCUAU